UUGCAUGUGUAACUAUGAGAUUAUGACAUUUUUACCAAAAAGUAUGUCCAAAAACUGAAUAUUCGAACAUUUGGAAGGUUUAUUCUCCAUAUCUGAACACACCUGAGGGCGUGAAAAACAGACCACUGAUUAACAACGAGCAUUCCGUUGGGCUCUCCUUUCUCCUCAACCCGCCACCUGUUUCCUUCCAAGCUCAGACUGAUAUAUAUACAGACACGCACCGUCUCUCCUCGGUUCCUCCAUCAUCGAGCCAUUCAUUCGUUCUCCCACAAACUCCAUAGAUUGAUACUUCCUCUCUCCGGAUCCGAGCUUUUCUCUGGUUUCUGCAAUGGCUACCGCUACUCUCAAUCACGCCGAUUCAGAGAAGCUCUCGAAUCUCAAGGCCUCCGUCUCCAGCCUUAACCAGAUCAGUGAAAACGAGAAAUCUGGAUUUAUUGAUCUCGUCUCCCGCUAUUUAAGCGGUGAAGCCCAGUUUAUUGAGUGGAGCAAGAUCCAGACUCCAACUGAUGAGGUGGUUGUUCCAUUUGACAAUUUAGCACCUCUCUCUGAAGAUCCAACAGAAACCAAGAAGCUUUUGGACAAGCUUGUUGUGCUAAAGCUUAAUGGAGGAUUGGGAACUACAAUGGGGUGCACUGGUCCAAAGUCAGUUAUUGAAGUCCGUAAUGGCUUGACAUUCCUUGACUUAAUUGUCAAGCAAAUUGAGAGCCUCAACGUCAAGUAUGGAUGCAAGGUGCCUCUGCUUUUGAUGAAUUCAUUCAACACUCAUGAUGAUACACAGAAGAUUAUUGAAAAAUAUUCAAAUUCCAACAUAGAGAUCCACACUUUCAACCAGAGCCAAUAUCCUCGUCUUGUUGUUGAAGACUUUGCACCACUUCCAUGCAAAGGAAUUAGUGGAAAGGAUGGAUGGUACCCACCAGGUCAUGGAGAUGUUUUCCCAGCUUUGAUGAACAGUGGAAAACUUGAUCUCCUGUUGUCACAGGGCAAGGAAUAUGUCUUUGUUGCUAAUUCAGAUAACUUGGGUGCUGUGGUUGAUCUAAAAAUUUUAAACCAUUUGAUCCAAAACAAGAAUGAGUAUUGCAUGGAGGUCACACCCAAAACGUUGGCUGACGUCAAAGGUGGUACCCUAAUUUCUUAUGAUGGUAAAGUGCAGCUUCUCGAAAUAGCUCAGGUCCCUGAUCAACAUGUUAAUGAGUUCAAGUCAAUAGAAAAGUUCAAGAUCUUCAACACCAACAAUUUGUGGGUGAAUCUGAACGCAAUUAAAAGGCUUGUUGAAGCAGAUGCACUGAAGAUGGAGAUCAUUCCCAACCCUAAGGAAGUUAAUGGGGUUAAAGUUCUUCAACUUGAAACUGCUGCUGGCGCUGCAAUUAAGUUCUUUGACCGUGGUAUCGGUGUCAACGUCCCCCGGUCCCGCUUCCUUCCUGUAAAAGCAACCUCUGAUUUACUCCUAGUCCAGUCUGAUCUUUACACCUUGACUGAUGACGGCUAUGUCAUCCGGAACCCAGUCCGUGCUAAUCCUUCGAACCCUUCUAUUGAUUUAGGACCCGAAUUCAAGAAGGUUGCCGACUUUUUGGCUCGUUUUAAGAGCAUUCCCAGCAUUGUCGAACUGGACAGCUUAAAGGUGGUAGGGGAUGUAUGGUUCGGAGCUGACAUUACCUUGAAGGGGAAGGUGACAAUCACUGCAAAGUCUGGCAAGUUAGAAAUUCAAGACAAAGCUGUCAUUGCAAACACGGAUUUCUAAAGCAGUUCCUUCUCUUGAGAAUAUCCCAGGGGCUGAGCUGAAAGGCUAAAUGUGUCUCUUUUUUUUUUGAGAGCUGUGGUGCUUGUAAAUUUUGGUGUUAAGAAAAAUAAAAGGACGAAUUUUGUAAUAAUGCGUUUUAAGAGCGUUGGUUUUGUUCUUGUGACUUUUACUGUAUUACCACCACCCUCCAAAGUUUUAAAAGAUGGACAUUCCAAGUUCUAAUGAAUUCCCACUUCCCUC